UAUCUCGUCAGUUUGAGAAUGUCUUUCCACCAGUCCAUUCCAAAUUUUGCCUAGAAUUUAUCAGUGAUUAUUAAACUGUCAGUAUUGACUAUGGUUGUGAUGAUUCUCUAAAAUAAAGGAUCGUGCAAGUCACAAAAUGGAAAAUAAUUUUCUGUUCUUCGGUAUUUUAUUUCUUACGUGUUCCGGUAUUACUGGCUUAAUCAUACCUGAAGAGUUGCCAACCAUUUUAUCUCUGAUAUAUUCGCAUAUACCACCAAUACGGACAGGAACUGAUUCGAAGCUUGGAGUUGGAUUCCGACUGGGCCAACAUGCCGACUUUCAGACAUUGGUUGAACUAGGGCCACAAAUAGAAACUGAAAAAACUGGUCCUUCUGAUUCUAAGCAGAGACGACAAGCAAUGUUAGACGCGGCAAUACGGGGCGACAUGGGACCGUUGACGAAGUCAAUUGCGGAAUUCAAUAUUGCUAAAAUGAAGCAGAAGCAAGAAGUUAACUUGAAGUAUAUUGAUGGAAAAAAGGAUGACCCAGAUGACUGGUUAAGAAAAUGGAGCAAAGAAAUAGCCAAAGCCUACAACAGCGGUAUUCCCCCGCGGAUUUCGAAAAUUCAACGGAUUCGGAUGUAGUCGGAGAUUUAAAAAACAGAUGUUAAUGAAAACUGUGCUGGAUAAUAAUAAUGUGUGAUAAUAUGGGAAAGUAUUUUUUUCGUAAUCUUGGGCAAUAGAAUAGUUCAGUCUAGAAAGGUUUCCGUCCACGACAUCAAUCCGUAUACUACGGUGCGAAUUCUCCGAGAUGAAAUCAUAUUUUAAAAUAAUUAUA